UUUCAUAGUUCUAUUUCACAAAUUUGAAAAUGCAUUAAAAUUGUAAACAAAAUUUAGUUUAGUUUUUAUAUGACAACAUACUUCAGUUACCCUUCUAUAGAAGUUCAAAAAGAAUUAAAAUGCAUUGCUGAAACUUUAGUUACUUGCGGAAAAGGUAUUUUGGCCGCCGAUGAAUCCGUAUGCACCAUGGGAAAGCGUCUCCAGGAAAUUGGAGUACAAAAUGAUGACGACAUAAGGCGUCAGUGGCGUCAGACUUUAUUCUCCACCGAUCGACAAUACGCAAAUUAUAUUUCCGGGGUUAUUUUAUUUCACGAAACCCUUUGCCAAAAAGACGAAAACGGAAGACCGCUCACAGAAUAUUUGAAAGAACGAUGUAUCAUUCCAGGAGUAAAAGUUGAUACAGGAUUAGUUACCUUAUACAACUCAGAAGAUGAAGUUACCACUCAAGGCCUGGAUAACUUGGGAGCUCGUCUGGCACAGUAUAAAGCUGAAGGGGUGGAAUUCGCUCGGUGGAGAAGUGUAUUCAAGGUUGGCAAAAACACCCCUUCUUAUCACGCCAUUAUAACUAAUUCGACGAUGAUAGCUCGAUUCGCCUCUAUUUGUCAGUCUCAGCGAAUAUGUCCAAUUAUCGAACCUGAGGUUAUACCCGAUGGAGACCAUGACAUUGAACGAUGUCAGAAAGUUACUGAAACUGUUCUAUCAUUCGUGUAUAAAGCUCUAAAUGAUCACCAUGUGUACAUAGAAGGAACACUUUUGAAACCGAAUAUGGUAACUUCGGGAUUAGCCAACAUGAAUCGUGAAGACUCAGGUGCUAUAGCUGCUGCCACUCUUACAGCAUUAAGGCGUGUUGUUCCUCCCGCAGUUCCAGAUUUUCGUACAGGUAUAGUAUUUUCAUCCGGUGGUCAAACAGAAGAAGAAGCUACCGUCAACUUGAAUGCUAUUAAUCAGUGCGAUGGUGUCAAACCAUGGAGAUUAACUUUUGCUUACGGCCGAGCGUUACAAGCUUCUGCUUUACGUGUUUGGGCUGGUAAACGCGAGAAUGUAAAACCCGCACAAGACGAAUUUCUCAAAAGAGCUAAAGCGAACGGAGAAGCCUCCCAAGGUAUAUAUCAAGGUCAGUCGGGUUCCUGUGCUUCCGGUUACAGUGCAAGUACUACUCGUGGUGGCUCCCAAGUUCCGCAAGUUAAAGCUUCGCAAUUCACCGCACAACAACACAAAUACGGAGACAGAAAAGCUUUUCCUUCCAGAGGUGGCGGUGGCCCUUCGAUGUUUUCGGGUGAGACCGACUGUUGCGGUGGUGGCAGGGCUCCGCGUCGUUCAAGUGGAAAUAUGAAUAUACCUAAACAACCAUUGUACAGCCCUCGAGGCUUUAAUAGUCCUAAAAGUCCAAGAUUCGGUAAUAACAUGAGCCAAGGUCAACGGUUCAAUGCAUCGAGAACCAGUGGACGUUUUAUGCAUCCCAUGAAUGAACCAGACCCUGUACAAUACCCCGAGAACACCGGGCCAGACGGUUCACGUUACGGUUCAUCUAAUAAAGAUUGUUCGAGAUAUCUCGCGAAUAGUUCCAACGCAGAUCAGGAUAUGAGUAUGGUACCAAAAACAAUGGAUCAAGCUUCCGAAACAACAGCUGGGCAGUCGACGAAUUGACAAGUCAGAAUAAUUACGAAUAAUGUAAAUCAUCAGUGUGUUAAAAUUAACUGUCUAUUUUUGUUUUAUACGUAAAUUCAAAAUCAAAAAAUAUCCGUCUUCGAAUUCUAUUAAACGUAACUGAAGUAUA